CAAACAAACAGAAACGACCACGUAAGAGUGGUUUGGAUCACUAGACUCGCGAAUCGUCAUCUUCUUCAUCGAUCGAUAUCGUCAUCUCUUCGUCAUGUUUUGUCCUGGAAAAGUUCAAACCUUUUUGGCAAAUCAGACAAAACCCAACAAUUCAUUAAACAAUGUCCAAAACUUGUAAAUUUCUCAGCCUCAGAUCUAAUCCUCUGCCUCCGUUUGGACCGUUUCUCUCCUCCGCCGGAAAUUACCGUUUCCUCCGAGCUUCCUCUGCUCUCAGUCUCCUGACGACUGCUUCGAAACCUUUCCACCGUUGGAUCCGCGCUUCUUCACGUCGCCGGUUAGUUCUCGGUGGUUUUGGCGGUGCUUCGUUGUGGAUGAUGAACAACAACAACAACAUGUCCGGUAGUUUUGGCGGUAAAUCUUUCAUUGCUUCCGCGAGGCAGACGAAUCCUUCUCCCGUCGAACAGGCGUUGAAUAAGGUGGAUUGGCCCGAUACUUUCCCAUUCAAAGAAGAAGAUUUCCAACGAUACGAUGAGUCGUCUGAUUCAACGUUCUAUGAAGCUCCAAGGUUUGUGACACACAUUGAUGAUCCAGCCAUAGCUGCAUUGACAAAGUAUUACUCAAAGGUUUUGCCUCAGAACGAAACUCCUGGAGUGAGCAUACUCGAUAUGUGUAGCAGUUGGGUAUGUAUAAAUUGUGUUUACUUUUUUAAAUCGUGUUUACUUUUUUAAGUAUGAUUUUAUUUUCAUUAGUUUA